AUGAGAUGCAUCUUGAGAGUGCGUUCACGGCCAGGCGGCGACGUUGUGCCAAAGGAUGUGAAUGCAGCCGUGGCCACAAUCAAGACCAAGCGCACCAUCCAGUUCGUGGACUGGUGCCCCACAGGAUUCAAGUGCGGCAUCAACUACCAGCCGCCCACUGUGGUCCCAGGUGGCGACUUGGCGAAAGUCAUGCGGGCCUGCUGCAUGAUCUCCAACUCCACGGCCAUCGCGGAGGUCUUCUCUCGCAUCGACCACAAGUUCGACUUGAUGUACUCGAAGCGAGCCUUCGUGCACCACUAUGUGGGUGAAGGCAUGGAGGAGGGUGAGUUCUCGGAGGCCAGGGAGGAUUUGGCUGCCUUGGAGAAGGACUACGAAGAGGUUGGUAUCGAAACUGCGGAAGGUGAAGGCGAAGAGGAGGGCUACGGAGACGAAUUCUGA